CCUCCUCUUCAGCUAGCUCAAUUAUAACACCACUAGCAGCUUCAACACCCAGCUUUCCUCACCACUCUUUCCUCUCACACUCUACGCACACAAAACACACCAUCAUCAACAACCUCGCGGAUGGAGAAGUGCAGAUCGGUGCCGCGCGAGCACUCCUCGGCGUACUACGGGUGCGGCGGCGGGUAUGACUACGAGGACGUGGGCCGCGGCGGGGUGGCGGUCAAGUCGUACAGCUUCAACGGGCCCAGCGCCGGCGAGGACCCGGAGGAGAAGCGGCGCCGCCGGGUGGCGUCGUACAACGUGUUCGCGUCGCAGGCCAGGCUCAAGUCAUCCGUCCGCGGCAGCUUCAAGUGGCUCAAGUCCAAGCUCUCCGACGUUCGCUACGGUGGCCUCUGAACUCAAAUUCCCAACCUCUCCAAUCCUCCAUGAGCCCUCUCUGGCUCUCUCUAUAUACUAUGCAUAUGCAUGUUGAAGUGUAUGUGUGUGUGUACUACUGGUGCUGCUACACGUGCAGGCAUGGCAUAGUUGCUGCAUAUACGUGUGUGUGUACUGUUUACAUGCCAUAUUUAUGCAUGUAUGGACUGCUAGGUGUGUGAUUGCUGCAUGGUUAACUCUUAGAUCCAUGGGUGUACUAUGUGUUUUUGGUUGCCUUGUGAGAAAGUAAGAACGGUGGUUGUACUGUACCCUGCUUAAUUUGCAUGCUUAAAUUGCAGAGCAAGUUGUAACAA